ACUUGUUCCGCUCAGUCCAAAGACAAAUCAAAUACAAGACUUACUUCUAGACCAGAAAAGCAGAACGGGGGUGAUUGCUUGGCUAACCAAGGAUCGUGUGCAGACAACCGAAAGUAACACGACAGUGUGACGGAUGGUGUGGAAGCUUGACAGUGAAGUUUCAGCUUAACAAUUCUACCUGAGCGGUGAAGGUCAGCGCCCAGUUUCGAGUGGAGAAUAGGGCGACCUAAUAAUUUUCGGGGACUGUUUACCACUACAAUCUUCACAUUCAGUCCUGAAUAUUCCAGAAAUCCGCACGUGGAUUUUAUUUCCAAUAAGCGCGCUUACUGAACACUUGAGUUACUAGGUGUUCUCCAAAGAAAUGGAGUGAAUGAAGCCAAACUGUUGCAUCUCUUCUGCAUACAUUUACAGAUCUCCAGGCAACUACAUGUUAUGCAUAUCAUUUUGAUGGAUUCCCUCCUGCGGUUGCUAACCGAAUACUUAGUUCGAAAACAAUGGAACGUGCUACAAAUCAGCAGACGAAUUUAAUUUUGACUGUAGUUGGAGAUGUUCAGUUUUGUUUUCCAUUAGCCUAAAGUAUAAUGCCUGGUGAUCGAAAAAAUUUUGAAGUGAUAGAAUUAUCGAUGCUAAAAAAGCAUAUAUUUUUCCCACUUUCUGGUUUGGGAAAUUUCACUGCACAAACCGUAUUGUACCCAUUUGUUUUGCUGCGUACACGGCUUCAGUUGCAAGAGGGUGCUCAAGUUUAUCGUGGUCUUAUACAUGCUCUUUCUUCUGUCAUUAGGGAAGAGGGUUUUCGAGGAUUGUAUAGUGGCUACUUAGUCAGGUCAUUCCACAUAUUUUCAGGUACUAUUUAUGUGUCAACGUAUGAGGUGGCGAGACAUGCAUGUUCUGUUUUUCCAGCUUUAAGUCCAGUUCAUCGAUCUUUUAUCGGUGGUGCAGUUGCUUCAUGUGUUGCUCAGAGCUUUUUUGUUCCUGUUGAUGUUGUGUCUCAACAUUUAAUGGUUUUAAAUCGUAAUCGCUUCCAUGCCAACAUGUCUUGCAGAAACCAAACACAUAAACUUGAUUGCAUUUCAUCAACUAAUAUAAAGGAUUUUCACCCACUUACUCCAGUUCAGUUAACCAAAAGAGAAAUGGAUUCCAACUGGGGUCGCCUUUGUGGCGUGAUUCGUUAUAUCAAACAAACUCAUGGGAUUAAGGGUUUCUACAAGGGUUAUUUAAUAUCCAUGUGCACUUUUGUUCCCAGUUCGGCACUUUGGUGGUCUUUUUAUGACAAGUUUUGUAUUCUUAUACACUUUAUUUCGACGAAAAUAUGGAAAGAGCCUAUUCCAGAUUCGAUGUUAUCACCCUCAAAUUCAGAUUCUUCUCCCAUGCCAAGAUUAAUGAUUCAGUUAGUCUCAGCUCCUCUAGCAGGUAUUUCAUCUGCUAUCAUUGUAAACCCUCUUGAUGUUGUUCGUGUUAGAAUGCAGGUUUCACAUAUGCCAUUCAAACAAAGUGCUGUUAAUCUAUGGCAAACUGAAGGAAUACGUUGGUUUUCUAAAGGUUUAUCCGCACGACUUGUUCAAACAACAAUGUACUCAUUUUGGCUUGUCUUAGUUUAUGAACCUAUGAAAAUAUUUUGUUUAAAAGAUGAUUAUCGUGAUAGAUUUUAUGCUUUACAAACGGAUAGAUAAUAAGAAAAGUUUUCUCUGCAUAUAUUCUACUGUGAAAAUAAAAAACACAGCACACACAGAGUGUGUGAUCAUUGCCAACAUUAUACUGUACACAUGUGUUUCAAUACUUUUUUUCUUUUCUUAACCAUUUCUGUUUUGAAUUAAAGUGUUGUAUACACUCUAAGUCAAUUGAUUUCGAUGUAUUGUGAUACAUAGUGAUGAUAGUAGUAAUUUGAGAUAUUGGUCACUUUGUGUUCUUUCCACAGUUACAUUUUGUCUCAAUAGGUAUAUUGUAUUUAUGUAUGAUUAUUAUUAUUAUUAUUAUUAGUAUUUUUCCUGUCUAUCGUGUUCUAGUUUUUAAUUUUUACCCUAUUCACACCUUUC